CUUACACCGCUCUCUGUAUCUAUAUCUAUUUAUAUACAAACCUCCUCUGUAUCUAUAUUAUAAUCCCUAAAUUCACUACAUAAUAAUAGUACAUUAAAAAAUAUAAAUAUUUAAAUCCAGAUCAGUUCAGUCAAAUUUCCAUAUCUAGUCUUCAAGUGAACUCAAUAUUUAUUACUCCAAUAUAUAUAUAUAUACAUACAUUGUAUUUGUAUCUAUUGAUUUUAGUUAACUGAUGGAUCCACCUAUAAUCAACGAAGCUUCUUUCUCAACUGCGAAUCCUUCUUCUUACAGUUUAACUGAGAUUUGGCCUUUUUCUUCUAUGAAUGGAAAUGAGAAUUUGGGGCUCAAAAUUGGCAGCUUUGUUUCCGGAUAUGGUGACGCCGGCGGUGAGGAAUCGUCGGUCACGGAACAAAGUGGCGGUGGUCGGAAACGGAGAGAUGCUAAUUCUGAAGACGAAUCUUCUAAACUUGUGUCUACUAGUACCGCCACUGAUUUGAGCAAUUUGAGUGGGAAAAGGAUGAAGACAUCGGGAUCGAAAACCGAAUUAGGUGGUGGUAUGAAAGUUGAUGGAGAAGGGAGUUCAGGGGGAUCAGGUAGUAAGGCUGCAGGUGGUCAAACUAGUAAACCGUCUGAACCGCCUAAAGACUAUAUUCAUGUUAGAGCAAGAAGGGGUCAAGCUACUGAUAGUCAUAGUCUUGCUGAAAGAGCCAGGAGAGAAAAGAUUAGUGAAAGGAUGAAAAUUCUUCAAGAUUUGGUCCCAGGGUGUAACAAGGUUAUAGGAAAAGCACUUGUACUUGAUGAAAUAAUCAACUACAUCCAAUCAUUACAACAUCAAGUCGAGUUCUUGUCUAUGAAGCUUGAAGCUGUAAAUACAAGGAUGAACCCUCCCAUUGAAGGAUUUCCCACAAAAGAGCUUGGCCCACCACCGUUUGAUGCUGCAGGACUUCUUUUUGGGUCACAAACAACACGGGAGUACGGUCAAGAAUCACAAUCAGAGUGGCUUCAUAUGCAGUUAGGAAGUAGCUUUGAGCGAGCAACAUAGUCAACAUGAAUCAUAAUUUAGCUAACCAGACUCUUGGAAAUCUUGCAUUAACAGUGGAAAUGCGAAUUUCCAAAGGUAUGUAAGAUAAGAUAUAUUUAUAUAUGAACUUUUUGUAUCAGAUUGUCCUCGGUAUUUAAGCUCUAUACUAGAUCAUCUGUAAAAAAUUGCAAUUCUGGACAACCUGAUUGACCAAGACUACCUGCUUUACAAUGGCCAGGAAGAGAAGUGCGUUUACAUGUUCUUUUAUUUUCUUUUUGCAAGCAAAAUUUGAUGUCUGUUGUCAUUAAAUGUAUUAAGUAGCAAUUUGAUAUCUUUUUUUCUUCAAGUUAAUCGACUAACUAAAGCUCGUCCAUGUUAGAUACGAUCCUUAACAUGUUUAUUGAAUUUAUUAUGGAAUUAUAUUUUAGAACAAAA